UCGCUAUCCUCGCAUAUAAAUAUGCAGCCAGCCGCUCCUACCACGAGACUCGAUCGCGAAACCCGAAGCGAGAUCGAUCGAAGAUGGCGACGAAGAUGGUCCACCUGCGCAGCUCCGACGGCGAGGAGUUCGAGGUGAAGGAGGAGGCGAUCGCCGCCGCGUCCGGGACGAUCAAGGCCGAGCUGGAGAAGAAGGACGGCGCCGCCGCGGGCGUCAUCCUGGUCCCCGACGUCACCGGCCGCAUCCUCUCCCGCGUGCUCGAGUACGUCAACCGGCACUUCUCGGACCCGGCCGCGGCCGCCGACCGCUUCGACGACUACAUCCCCAUCGCCGACGACCCGCUCAAGGCGUUGGACGACGCCUUGGUCCGUGUCGACCAGGACACGCUCUUCGACCUCGUCCACGCGGCCGACUGCCUCGCCGUGGAGGGGCUCAUGGACCUGGCGUGCAAGGAGCUGGCGGGCCAGAUGAGGGGCAAGACCAUCGACGAGAUCCGCGACAAGUUCCACAUCGUCAACGACUACACCGAGCAGGAGGAGGAGGACGUCCGCAGGGACAACGCCUGGGCGUUUGAGUAGUGAUCGGUCUCGUUACCAUAGACUAGCACACACCCCGUUCAUUGUUAGAUGGUCGGUGGGUAGGUGAUCGAUCUAUCCACACCGCUGUGUUUUGCCCUUGUGUUUGCCAUGUUACUGUAAUCGAUCGUCGGAUUAUCGCUAAUAAUCUCGAUACCCUAGUGUCUUCUUUGCUGCAAAAUAUGUGCGCUCUUGUAUAUACCAUUAUACCAAAUAAUGGCACUUAAUUCUGUAUGUUUGGCUCGGCAACAAACCCAAUUGUAGCAAAAUGA